GAAGAAGACAUUAAUCAUCGUACACUAGGGCGACAGUUGUGUGCAUUAAACAAGAAUGGCAGCAACAUUCAUCUCUCGCAUUUCACUUCUUCACCCAAACCCAUCUCCUUCUCUCAACCCCAAUCAAUCUCCUUGCUUUCACCAGCCUCUCACAAACCACAAACAAUUUCCCUCAAGUUUACGGUUUGAGGCGAAGAGGGCUAAUGGGGUUGUGCUGAAAGCGGCUUCUGGUGCAUUGGAAGUCAAUUCGAAGCAAAGUGUUUCAGUUGCAAAAUCCAAUGAUCCAAUUGUUGUUAUUGAUAAUUAUGACAGCUUUACCUAUAAUCUUUGUCAGUAUAUGGGCGAGUUAGGAUAUCACUUUGAAGUCUACCGAAAUGACGAGUUGACUAUCGAGGAUUUGAAAAGAAAAAAUCCAAGAGGAGUGCUGAUUUCACCUGGGCCAGGAACACCUCAAGAUUCGGGCAUAUCUUUGCAAACCGUUUUGGAACUUGGACCAACUGUACCUGUGUUUGGUGUAUGCAUGGGAUUGCAGUGCAUGGGAGAGGCUUUUGGCGGGAAAAUUGUCCGUUCUCCAUAUGGUGUGAUGCAUGGAAAAAGCUCUCUGGUUUAUUAUGACGAAAAAGGAGAAGAUGGGUUACUUGCUGGACUACCAAAUCCUUUCUUGGCUGGAAGAUAUCACAGCCUUGUGAUUGAAAAGGAGAGCUUUCCUCAUGAAGAACUCGAGGUAACUGCAUGGACUGAAGAUGGUCUCAUAAUGGCUGCUCGCCACAAGAAAUAUCGGCAUGUGCAGGGUGUUCAGUUUCAUCCAGAGAGCAUUAUAACUCCUGAAGGCAAGACGAUUGUCCGCAACUUUGUGAAGCUUAUAGAGAAAAGGGAGGCUACCAGUUCUUGAGCCAAAAUACUUCAUUACUGCUGAAUUUAGUCUGAAGUUCUGUAAACCAGAAUAGAAUUAAUAAUUAAAAAAAAAGAAUAAAUCAUAGAUAACUUAUUUGUCAAGUAGUUUACAAUUCUGAAGCAUGGCUGGGAAAAGAAACUUGGCUGAGACAUAGGAUUUCCCUGAAAUUUUUAGGAAUGGUUGAGUUGAAACAAGUGAAUCUUUCCUCUCAUGUUUGUGAUAAUCUUUUACUAGUGCAUUCAAGCAUAUCAAAGGAAUGUCAGCAACAAUUUAAAUCUUUUCAGUACUUUCAAUAAAACAAGUUAUUUUAGUCCA